CCUCAUCCUCUUCACUUCACUGCUCUCUCCCUCUCUCUCACUACCUAUUUAGACACCUCCCUUUUCUCAAUUGAGCAAACUUUUUUUCGCAAUUCCUUUCUGUAUUUUUGUUGAUUUGGGAAAAUACUAGCCUACAUUGCACCACCAGAUCUGAGUGUGUAGAAAAUUCUCGAGGUAAUGAAGCACAAGGAUGGGAAGCCGAUUCAUCAGCAUGAUAAGGUUUCUAGGAAAGUUCCCAUGGCAAUAAUGUUUGUGGUGCUGUGUGGAUUUUCAUUCUACUUGGGUGGGAUAUUCUGUUCGGAGAAGGACAAGUAUGCAACUAACGAGGUUGCUAAGGCGGCCGAGAAUCCGAAGGAAAAGCCUGUGAUUCCAGCUGCAGGGGCAUUGCAAAUCAAAGCUGUGAAGUUCGACGAAUGCCCUGCUGAUUUCCAAGAUUACACCCCUUGCACGGAUCCUAGGAGGUGGAAGAAGUUCAGCCUCCAUCGGCUUACAUUCAUGGAGCGACAUUGCCCUCCUGUGUUUGAGAAGAAGGAGUGCUUAGUCCCGCCUCCGGAUGGUUAUAAGUUGCCUAUUAGAUGGCCGAAGAGCAAGGACGAAUGUUGGUACAGGAAUGUGCCAUAUGACUGGAUCAACAAACAAAAGUCGAACCAGCAUUGGUUGAAGAAGGAAGGGGAGAAGUUCCUCUUUCCUGGCGGUGGCACUAUGUUCCCCAACGGUGUCAGUGAAUAUGUUGAUAAGAUGCAGGACUUGAUCCCAGGAAUGAAAGAUGGGACGGUUCGGACAGCCAUUGAUACCGGAUGUGGGGUGGCUAGCUGGGGUGGUGAUUUACUAGACCGAGGUAUUCUCACAGUUUCUCUGGCCCCUAGAGAUAACCACGAAGCCCAAGUUCAGUUUGCUCUCGAACGUGGAAUUCCUGCAGUGCUGGGCAUCAUAUCAACACAGAGACUUCCCUUCCCCUCAAGCUCUUUUGACAUGGCACACUGCUCUCGGUGCCUCAUUCCAUGGACUGAAUUUGGUGGAAUCUACCUCUUGGAGGUGCACCGUAUCCUCCGGCCUGGUGGUUUCUGGGUGCUUUCCGGCCCACCAGUAAACUACGAGAACCACUGGAGAGGAUGGAAUACCACUAUCGAAGACCAGAAAACAAAUUACGAGAAGUUGCAAGAGCUGCUAACAUCAAUGUGCUUCAAAUUGUACAACAAAAAAGAUGACAUUGCUGUCUGGCAGAAGUUAUCAGACAGUAGCUGCUACAAGAAGCUCGAAACCCCGGAUACAUACCCCCCCAAGUGUGACGACGGUACUGAACCGGACUCGGCUUGGUACACUCCCAUCCGGCCCUGUGUCGUUGUUCCUGACCAGAAGUACAAGAAGAUAGCACUGAAUUCCCUUGCCAAAUGGCCCGAGCGGUUGCACACUGCCCCCGAGCGUGUCUCUGAUGUCCGUGGUGGCAGCGAUGGCGCCUUCAAGCACGACGACAGCAAAUGGAAGACGAGGGCAAAGCACUACAAGAAGUUGGUCCCUGCAAUAGGAACUGAUAAGAUCAGAAAUGUCAUGGACAUGAACACUCUUUAUGGAGGCUUCGCUGCUGCCUUGAUCGAUGCUCCAUUGUGGGUGAUGAAUACCGUCUCCUCCUACUCUUCCAACACACUUGGCGUCGUCUACGACAGAGGACUGAUCGGAACUUAUCACGACUGGUGUGAAGCUUUCUCGACUUAUCCUCGUACGUACGAUCUUCUUCACCUCGAUGGCCUUUUCACUGCUGAGAGCCAUAGGUGUGAGAUGAAGUAUGUUCUGCUUGAGAUGGACCGGAUUCUGCGUCCCAACGGGUAUGCUAUCAUCCGGGAAUCGAGCUACUUCGUGGAUGCUGUGGAAACACUGGCUAAAGGGAUGAAAUGGGGUUGUCGGAAGGAGGAAACGGAAUACGGAUCGGAACAGGAGAAGAUCUUGAUUUGCCAGAAGAAGCUGUGGUAUUCAUCUAAGCAGAGCUCAAGGUGAUAUUUUGGGAUCAAAGGAAGCAUAUUUACAUACAGAGAUUGGGGGCAUUAUAUUUAUCCACACAAAGACGAGUUCUACACUGCCAUUUUGAUCAUAACUUUCAACCCAAGGAGGAGGAGAACUAGCUCAUUCAAUAACAAGUUCUAAUAUUUUAGUUUUUUUUUAAUAUAUACGUAUAUUCUUUUACAAGGUGGAUUGUAUCUCUUAUUCUUCCUCUCCUUGCAUCUAUUUCUACACCCCUUUGAAGCUGGGAAAUGUGUUGAGGGUGUUGGAAGUGGGAAUCGGUAGACAAACUUUUUUUUAGUAUCUUAAUGAGUAUUUGGAAACUCUUUAA